GCCUAGCUCCACCCACCUCCUCUUGAUGCUGACAGUAGUAAUUGGUUGCUUCAGUUAUGUCUCCUUUCUUAGACAUGCGGGAGGCGUAAAGGCGGCGAGUCAUGACGUGAUGCGGCCCAUUUACUUUCCAAGAUGGCCGCUGAAAGUUGGAUUUACUGUUAGCGUCCUGUCUCCAGAGGGGAAGUAGCGCGUAGGCUCUGCGCCUGAUAUAACGUGUGUUAUAAAAGGUAAAACGCACCAAUGAAAGAGAAUAAGGAGAAUUCUAGCCCUUCCACUGCCCCUGCAAGCCUGGACCAUGUAAAGCCAUGUUGGUAUUGGGAUAAGAAAGACCUGGCCCAUACUCCAUCACAGCUGGAGGGGCUUGAUCCUGCUACAGAGGCAAGAUACCGGAGAGAAGGGGCCAGGUUCAUAUUUGAUGUUGGGACCCGACUAGGGCUACAUUAUGAUACCCUAGCAACUGGAAUCAUUUAUUUCCACCGGUUCUACAUGUUUCAUUCCUUCAAGCAAUUUCCUAGAUAUGUGACUGGCGCUUGUUGUCUCUUUCUGGCUGGUAAAGUUGAAGAAACGCCCAAGAAAUGUAAAGAUAUUAUCAAAACUGCCCGUAGCUUACUAAAUGAUGUACAGUUUGGCCAGUUUGGGGAUGAUCCUAAGGAGGAAGUCAUGGUCCUUGAGCGAAUUCUUCUUCAGACAAUAAAGUUUGACCUCCAGGUUGAGCAUCCUUACCAGUUUCUUCUUCGAUACGCAAAGCAAUUAAAAGGAGACAAGAACAAAAUACAGAAAUUGGUUCAAAUGGCAUGGACCUUUGUAAAUGACAGUUUGUGCACCACACUAUCCCUUCAGUGGGAGCCAGAAAUAAUCGCUGUAGCCGUUAUGUAUCUUGCUGGAAGGCUGUGCAAGUUUGAGAUACAGGAGUGGACCUUAAAGCCUCUUUACAGAAGAUGGUGGGAGCAGUUUGUCCAAGAUGUUCCCGUUGAUGUGCUUGAAGACAUUUGUCAUCAAAUCCUUGAUUUAUAUUCUCAAGGAAAGCAACAGAUGCCUCAUCAUGGAGCUGCGCAAACCUCCCCCCAGGUUCAGGCACAAAUAGCUUCAGUGCAGCCUCAACAACAGGCCCAAAAUGCAGAUUCUCAAGCAGCUCCUCAAAAAGAACAGCAGCAGAUCUCAUCCCACCAGUCCAAGAAGCCUUCUCCUCAGUCAAGUCCUCCAAAGCCAGUGAAGCGACCAAUGCCUGCCUCACCUAAAGAUGAUAGUAAAGUUGUAGCUGCAGAACAACCACUGCCUAAAGUAUUAAAAGUUGAGACCUCCCAUCCUCCUUUACCUCCUGCUCUUCCUCCACCAGAGCGAAAACCUCUGGUCCCAAGUAUUGGUGUGAGUGAAGGAGAUGCUGCAGGAGGUUCAGAACCAGCAGAACAUGCCAAGAUCCAGAUUCCUCCUCCAGCCCAUCCUGCCCCUGUUCACCAGCCUCCACCAAUCCCUCAUCGACCCCCUCCUCCUCCCCCCGCUAGCUAUAUUACAGGGAUGUCUACUACUAAUUCCUACAUGUCUGGAGAGGGUUACCAGAGUUUACAGUCCAUGAUGAAGACUGAAGGGCCAUCUUAUGGAAGUCUUCCCCCUGCUUAUGGGCCCCCUGCUCAUUUGUCAUAUCAUCCUCAUGUUUUUCCACCUAAUCCUCCACCCACUGUACCACCACCACCUCCUCCUUCUUCAUUCCCACCUCCUAACAUUCCUCCUCCUACACCUGUUUAUCCACCACCUCCAACAUACAAUCCUAAUUUCCCACCUCCUAGACUGCCGCCCACUCAUACAGUUCCCAGUCAUCCCCCUCCCCGAAUUGCAAUGCCACCAACCUCCUACCCUCCUCCUUCUGUACCUCCGGGUGGGCAGCCUCCAGGUGUCCCUCCUCCAAUUCCACCUCCUGGGAUGCCGCCAGUUUCAGGGCUGGGCCGCGCUGCUUGGAUGAGAUAACCAGCUUUCUUGUGCUCCUAUAAUAUUGGUUUAACCCAGUUAAAGCCGAUUCCCAAAACUAGGGAUGCACUGAAUCCAGGAUUCGGUUCGGGAUUCUGCCUUUUUCAACAGGAUUUGGCCGAAUCCCUCUGCCCGGCCGACCGAAUUCUAUUUUGCAUAUGCAAAUUAGGGACGAGAAAUGAAAUCACUUGACUAUCACAAACAAGGAAGUAAAUGUUUUCCCCUUCCCACCCGUAAUUUGCAUAUGUAAAUUUGGUUCGGUAUUCGGUCGAAUCUUUCAUGAAGGAUUCGGGGGUUUGGCUGAAUCCAAAAUAGUGAAUUCGGUGCAUCCCUAUCCAUAACCCAAACUUUUAUUUUUUUAAUUUUUAGGUUAUUGGACUUAGGGCAGAGACACGCUCCAAUUUUGGGAGAUUUCGUCGCCUGUUCUUCGGGGCAACUAAUCUCCCCGAACUGCCUCCCGCUGGCUAGAAUCGAAAUUGCUGGCGGGAUGGCACUCGGAGCGCUUUGUUUUCUGAAGUCGCCUGAAGUUUCCU